AAAAGGUUUUAGCGAGACAAUCAGUGUCAAAGCACUUUGAUCCCCUCACCGAAAUUUGAUUGGUUCUUUUAAGAGUUUAAAGCAACAAGAGAAUAAGAUGGCGUCUCGUGGCUUCGCUCCUCUGUCCAGUCGUCAGGAGAACCUCGUGGGCCUGGGGAGAGCGGAUGGCCUGCGCGCUCACAAGCCCGGCCAGAGGGUCGUGCUCGGUGUCUUGACCGAAAACGAUCAGCAUAAUCGAGUAUUUGGUCAGGUUUCGUCCAAAUAUGAGCCAGCUUUCCGUGAUUCAUCGAGCCGUGACGUCAGCGCUACGCUGAGUGGUCACGUGGUCGAGCCAGUCAUCGCGCAGACAACCAAACAAUCCCCCUCCUGUUUGCUGCCCUGUGAACUUCUGUUAGUAGAUGAUGCUGUCCAAGAUCUUGAUUCAGGGUCUUGUAUGGAUUCUUCCAUGCAAUCACUGCUGGAGGAAGAGGCCGCUGCUUCUGCGGAUGUCCUGUGUGUUCCAGAAUAUGCUGAGGACAUCCACAGAUACCUGCGUGAAUGUGAAGUUAAGUACAGGCCGAAGCCUGGCUAUAUGAGAAAGCAGCCUGACAUUACCAACUGUAUGAGGGUCAUCCUUGUCGACUGGCUGGUCGAGGUUGGCGAGGAAUACAAGCUGUGCUCGGAGACGCUCUACUUGGCUGUCAACUACCUGGACCGCUUCCUUUCGUGCAUGUCUGUCCUGAGAGGAAAAUUGCAGCUUGUGGGAACAGCUGCCGUACUCCUGGCUGCGAAAUACGAGGAGGUGUAUCCUCCGGAAGUGGAUGAGUUUGUGUACAUCACGGAUGACACCUACACAAAGAAACAGCUGCUUCGGAUGGAGCAGCACCUGCUCCGAGUGCUGGCUUUCGACAUGACCGCACCCACAGCUCGCCAGUUUUUAAUGCAGUACACGCUGGAGGAGCAUAUCUGUGCCAGGACCGUAAACCUUGCUUUGUAUCUUUCAGAGUUGAGCCUGCUUGAGGUGGAUCCCUUUGUGCUGUAUCUGCCUUCCAAGACUGCUGCAGCUGCAUAUUGUCUGGCAAAUUACACUCUAAAUGGGGUUUUGUGGCCUGAGAACCUGUAUGCCUUUACUGGUUACUCGCUGGCAGUGAUCAGCCCAUGUCUCAAGGAGCUUCACAAACUCCAUCUAGGUGCUGCAGGUCGCCCCCAACAGGCUAUCCAGGAGAAGUACAAGAGCUUAAAAUACUGUAGCGUGUCCCUGCUCGAGCCUGUGGAGUCUCUACCUCUCCCUUGAUGUUCGUGACCUACACCGGUUGAGGCCAACAAGUGAACUGCAGCGCUUAAGUCUACUGUAAAUAAUGAUUGAACCUUUUUUAAAUGUGGCUUUUAAAUUUUUAAUGUGAUUUUUAUCAUAGUUUGCUUAAGACAAAAGUAAACGCGUGACUUGUUUCUCUGUAAAUCCAACAUGCUGUUGGUCUGAAGGCUAUUAUCUCCCCUCAGUAUGAAAUGAACAAAUGGUUUUGUAACACUUUGUCUUUUCCUUAGGGUUUCUUUCUGGUAUACCAUGUGUUUUAUUUGUAAACUACAUGCAUUAUCACGUACUUGCUGAAUUUCAAUAAAUGAAACGAGUUACA